AUGUUGCUUCGCAAGCUUGGGCAAGCCUUAGCUGCGACAGCAGCUCUCUUCCCCGUCGCUUUCGCUAAAGACAAAGAUUCUCCCAGUCAAUCCACCUUUGUUUCCCCAGAUGGCGACGUAGCAUUCGCCAUUGAUAUCGGCGAGAACAUCGACACCGAAGUAUACUUCAGCCUUCGUGUUAAGAAAAGUCGAUCAUGGGGUGCUGUCGGUCUCGGAAGCGAUGAUAUGCCUGGCGCCCUGUUUCUCAUGAUAUACAAACACCCGCAAUCCGGCAAUGUUACCUUCUCCCCGCGAAUCGCCUACGGUCACUAUGAACCAUAUUUCUAUGAAGACUUGGAUGCCGAAAUACUUAACACGACCGGAGUCUACGACGAUCAUAUGAUGGUGACAGCGCGCUGCAAGCAUGGAUGUCGCAGCUGGCCAUCGCAUGGUGGAGGUAGAGGAUAUCUAGAUACUUCAUCAGACGACAGCAAAGCCAUCUAUGCUUUUGGGCCCAAGGAAGACUUUUACAGCGACAAUAAGGAUGCGCCUCUAAAGUACCACGCAGGAUAUGGUAGCUUCUCUAUCGAUAUAAAAAGAACAACUGGCAAGUCUGAUAUGCCACAUCUCAGCGAUUCGACAAAGAAUGUCGGAUCCAAGCUGAUAUAUGCCCAGAAGGCCAAGCCUAACUGGGCGUCGCCGCUUCACGGAGUCUUCAUGGUCUUGUCAAUUGUAUUCCUCAUGCCGGUCGGUGUUGUCCUACUGAGAUCUGGCGGUUGGGUCAAGUGGCAUGCUCUCAACCAGACCAUUGCGACUCUGGGCGUUUUUGCUGGUUUUGGUAUUGGUGUUGCAAACAGUUUCUACUAUCAAAGGUCGCGAAGUUUUGAUGACCCUCAUCAGAUAGUCGGAUUCGUUGUCACUGGUUUGCUACUAGGACAAUUCGGUCUGGGAGUGAUGCAUCAUACUCAGUACAAAAAGACUCAGACGCCUACCCGGUAUGGAAAGAUCCAUCUUUGGGUCGGCCGCAUCAUCUUGUUCUUGGGUACAUUGAAUGCAUUCAUGGGCUUUACAUUCGCUCUAAACCGAAGAUUUGGCAUGCUUCUUGCUCUUCUCAUCAUCUUCAUCUGCGUAACAAGCCUCAUCUUGAUUUACGGCCGUCGAUAUCUGGACAAGCGCCGUCUUGGUCCCCGAGGUCCUGGUCUGGCUGGUCCUCAGCAAUACGCACAACCUCCGUGGAGACAGCCUCCUCCUCAGAAUAUGGCCUAUCCAUCCGGCCCUCCUCCAGGAUACCAACCACCAGCAUACCAAGGCGGGUAUGGUGAGCCCUCGCCCACGUUGCGAUCGCCGUCGCCGUGGCAGUCACGCAAAGACGAUGAUGCAGACUUGGAUCUAGGACGUGAGCAGAGACCAAGGGAGUUUAACUAA